CGAUGAUAUCGAGGUGUUCUUAGGCUCCUGUUGCAGACAGUAUUUUGGAGCUUGUUUUCAUUGAACGUCUAUAUGAAACUGUGUUACUGGAGAUGAUUCUUUGGUGACUUUGGAUUUAAAGUGUAUGAAAGGUUGUGGAAAAUGAAUUUAGAUCUGUCGGAUCCGUACAACAACUUUGUGCCACCUCCUGAAGCGCCGGUGUUCUCACCGACCGAGGAAGAGUUUGCAGAUCCGUUGGCUUACAUUGCUAAGAUUAGGCCAAUAGCAAUGCAAAGUGGCAUUUGUAAAAUAAACCCUCCACGAGAUUGGCAGCCUCCUUUUGCUGUUGACGUAGAGACAUUCAGAUUUGUGCCUAGAAUACAGAGAUUGAAUGAACUAGAGGCUCACUCAAGAAUUAAACUGAACUUCCUGGAUCAGCUUUUCAAAUUUUGGGAACUUCAGGGACACACACUGCGAAUACCUCAUGUUGGGCGGAAGCUACUGGAUCUGCAUGAUCUAUACAAGAUGGUGGAAGAAGAAGGAGGAAUGGAGUAUGUCUCAAAAGAACGCAAGUGGUCUCGCAUUGCAACUAAACUAGGCUUGCCAACAGCAAAGGGUCAAGGCAGCAUUGUUAAAAUGCACUAUGAGCGGGUCCUGUACCCAUAUUUCUUAUUCAAGAAGGGUGACACACUUGUGACAGAAAAAAAACCAGUAGUGGUUCCUGAGGAAGAGAAGGUGGACAAAGAAGAUAAAGACUAUAAGCCUCACUCCAGCUUGGCUAAGGCUACUGAGAAACAUCGCAAAUCUAAGCACUUUGAAAAAGAGGAGUCUAUGAUUGACUACAGUGCAAACUCGGAGCUGAAAAAGUUGCAGUUCUUUGGUGCUGGUCCCAAAGCAGCUGUACCACCACUCAAUCCUAAAGAUGAAAAACUGUCUAUUGAGUUGAAGGAGGAAAAAGGCAGUAUGAAAACAAGAAUCAAGAAAGUCUCUCCAGGCGUUUACACCACAGAGUUACUAUCGCAAGUAGACAAGUACCAUUGCCAUGUGUGCCAGCGUGGGGAUGGAGAGGCAUUCAUGCUGCUUUGUGAUGGCUGUGAUGAUGCCUUUCACACCUACUGUUUGGUGCCACCUUUGUCGGAGGUGCCUAAGGGGGACUGGCGCUGUCCGCUUUGUGUGAAACAGGCCUGCAGCAAGCCAGCAGAGUUGUAUGGGUUUGAGCAGAGUAAAAGGGAGUACACUCUGCAGAGUUUUGGGGAGAUGGCUGACCACUUCAAGUCUACAUACUUCAACAUGCCAGUCCACCGAGUCACAACAGGUAUGGUGGAGAAGGAAUUCUGGCGGCUGGUGCAUAGUUUGGAAGAAGAUGUCUGUGUAUUGUAUGGUGCUGACAUCCAUGCUGUUGAAAUGGGCAGUGGAUUUCCUACUAAGGGCACCCCUAACCUUCUGCCAGAAGAUGAGGAGUACAUCAACUCUGGCUGGAAUCUCAACAACCUGCCGGUGCUAGAGCAGAGUGUUUUGUGUCACAUCAAUGCUGAUAUCUCAGGCAUGAAGAUUCCAUGGUGCUAUGUAGGCAUGUGCUUUUCCAGUUUCUGCUGGCACAUUGAAGAUCACUGGAGCUACUCUAUCAACUACCUCCAUUGGGGAGAGCCAAAGACAUGGUACGGGUGUCCUGGGACAGCAGCUGACCAGUUUGAGGCAGUCAUGCGUGAGUCAGCCCCAGAAUUAUUUGAACAGGCUCCUGACCUCUUGCACCAGCUUACGACUAUUAUGAACCCCAACCUUUUGAUGGCUAAGAGCGUCCCAAUCUUCCGUACAGAUCAGCAUGCGGGACAGUUCGUGGUGACAUUUCCUCGAGCUUAUCACGCGGGAUUUAACACUGGUUACAACUUUGCAGAAGCAGUAAACUUUUGCCCAUCUGACUGGCUGUCAUUGGGUCGACAAUGCAUUGAACAUUACCGCAUGUUGCACCGCCAGUGUGUCUUUUCUCAUGAAGAACUUAUCUGCAAGAUGGCAGCUGAUCCAGAUAGCCUUGAGCUGGGCCUUGCAGCUGCCACCCAUUUUGAUAUGCUGCACAUUGUUGAAACAGAGAAGAAGCUGCGCAAAAAGCUACUUGAUAGGGGCACUGUUGAUGCCGAGAGGGAGGCCUUUGAAUUACUUCCUGAUGAUGAACGUCAGUGUGAUAUCUGCAAGACCACUUGCUUUUUGUCCUCAGUUACCUGUCCUUGCUCCCCAAGUCGCUUGGUAUGCCUGUAUCAUGUAGACGAUCUUUGCCAUUGCCCUGCAAGUCGCCACUGCCUUCGCUAUCGGUACACUUUAGAUGAAUUGCCUGCCAUGCUUCAUCGUCUCAAGAUUCGUGCUGAAUCUUUUGAUAACUGGAACAUGAAAGUCACUGCUGCUUUGGAGGCCUCUGGCACUGAUAAACUGGAUCUUGGCGAUUUCAAAGAACUUCUACAAGAGGCAGAUGAAAAGAAGUUCCCUGAUUCUGAGCUGAAGAACACGCUGGCAACUGCUAUCAGUGAGGCUGAGAAGUGUGCCAGUGUUGCUAACCAGCUGGUUAGCAAGAAAGUCAGAACCAGAAAUCGUCAGUCUCUGGAUGGAAAAUAUGUUGCCAAGCUGACGCUGGAUGAGCUUAACUGCUUUUAUGAACAAGUCAUGGCUCUUCCAUGCUCCAUACGAGAGGCUGUCCUGAUUAAGGAGCUGCUGGACAAGGUUGUGGCAUUUCAGGAAGAGGCCCAGGAGGCCCUAAGUGCUGAAGUGCCAGACUCCAGGCAGCUGGAGAAACUCAUCGACAUUGGCAUCACAUUGGAUGUGGACCUUCCAGAAAUCCCUCGGCUAAAGCAGGUCCUGCAGCAAGCGCGCUGGCUAGAUGAAAUGUACUCAACGCUAAAGGAUCCCCAGUCAGUAACGCUGGAUGUGAUGAGGAAGCUUAUAGAGUCGGGUGUUGGGCUGGCACCACAUCCAGCAUUAGAAACUGCCAUGGCUCACCUCCAAGAGCUCCUGACAGUGUCUGAACGAUGGGAGGAAAAGGCCCGCAUCUGUUUGCAAGCCAGACCUCGACAUUUAAAGAGCACAUUGGAAGCCAUCAUAAGUGAAACACGUAACAUCCCAGCGUUUCUUCCCAAUGUUUGUGCCCUUCGUGAAGCUGUGCGCAAGGCCAAUGAAUGGACUGGCAAGGUUGAAGGCAUACAGACUAGCGACUCUUACCCAUACUUAGAGGUUCUUGAAGGACUUGUAAAUAAAGGUCGCCCCAUCCCAGUUAGACUCGACCAGUUGUCGCAGGUGGAGUUGCAAGUUUCUGCAGCCAAAUCUUGGCGUGAACGCACUGCCCGGACCUUUUUGAAGAAAAACUCAACUUACACUCUUUUAGAGGUUUUGUCUCCAAGGUUAGACAUUGGGGUCUAUAAUUCUGGUAAAAAUAGAAAAAAGAAAACCAAAGAACUUGAAAAAUCUAGUCAUGAUGGAGAAAACAGUCAGCCAGAAGUUAAAUCUGAAGACACCUACGACCCUGCCACCAUUGUGGCAUCUUUCAAGUUGUCUGAGGUCCGAGAAGUGGACCUUAUGCGUGAUUUGCGUGCUAGGAACAUGGAGAAGUCCAAUGGUGGGGAUGGAGAUGCACGGUUUUGCGUGUGUCGCAAGGGUGCUUUUGGUUUUAUGUUACAGUGUGAACUGUGCAAAGAUUGGUUCCAUGGCACUUGUGUUCCACUGCCUAAAUCAGCCGGCAUGAAAGCCAAACCAGGUCAGCCAGCAGUGCUUCAAACUAGUAGGGAGAUGAAAUUCUUAUGUCCUGUGUGCUUGCGGUCACGUAGGCCUCGCCUAGAGACCAUUUUGUCCUUGUUGGUCUCGCUACAAAAGUUGCCUGUGCGACUGGCAGAGGGCGAGGCACUGCAGUGUCUGACUGAGCGCGCCAUGGCUUGGCAGGACAGAGCUCGCCAGAUGCUGACCACACCUGAGUUAGCUGCUGCCCUGGCCACACUUUCUGUUCUCACACAGCGCAGACAAGAACAGGUUGCCCGCGAAAAAACCCAGAAAAUUAUAAGUGCAGAACUUCGUAAAGCAGCUUCAAACCCAGAACUUCAGGGCCACCUGGCGUCCGUAACACAAUCUGCUUUUGGCAGACAGCUGGACGCUGGUGGCACCAUGGCAAAGGAAGGUGGGUCUCCCAAUUCAGAAGAACAGGCAGCCUCACCCUUGGGACCAGGUGCUGAGUCAGCAUCACCACGGGGAGCAGGAGAUUCCAUGGCUGAUGAUAUAGGGGCUGAGGUUGAUAUACCUGUGGUUGCAUCCCUUGGGAUGUCUUCAGAACAUGCCUACUCAUCUGUGUCUAAGACUGGCACCAAUGGAUCUCCAAGGAAACAUCCCCGCAAGACCCCGCUCGUUGCACGGCAGUGUGAGUGGCCAGUUCUAGAGAUUUCUGAGACUGUGCGCGCUCAGCUGGAGGAGCUGAUGAUGGAAGGCGACCUGCUAGAGGUGACACUUGACGAGACACAGCACAUCUGGCGACUGCUGCAGGCCUGUCAUCCCCAUGCUGAUCCACGCUUCCUGGAUUUUCAGGAUACGGAAAAUCAGGUAGGAGGUGGCAUCAAAGAGAGGCCAGAAAAGAAGGUGCUGAAAGUGAAACGCCGCAAGGAAAAGGAACAGAUAAAGACCAAAAACAAAUUGAAGAGUUUGAAAGAAAAGAAGUUGAAACGGAAGAAGCCAAUGGGAGAUGGGAGUGCUAUAAACAAUGGUGUGAAUGGAGCCAGCACUGGGGAAAAGGGAGUUGAGGGGAGUGACCAUCCAUCACCAAUAAAAAAGAUUAAAGUAGAAGAGGGUUUCAGAGAGAAAGCCUUGAAAAAAAUCAAGGCCAAACGAAAGGACAAGGUGCGGCUGAAACUCAACAAAGGGCCUGUCAAAACUGAGGACACAGGUGUUAAAACUGGUGAGGAUUGUAUAACACAGAGAACAGUGACAGGAGAAAAGAUCAAGAAAAAGAAGAAGUUCCUGAAAGUAAAGAUUGAGGCUUUAGAAAACAAAGAAAUAGAGAAAAAGAAGAAGGUGUUAAAGAAGAUGAGACCAGAUAUGAAGGUAAAAGUAAAGAAAGAGAGGAAACCGAAGAAUGGUGACAAAGACUCUGAUGAUGAUAACGAUGAAGACUGUUCGGCCACCAAGUGCUUGAGGCCAGUUGGAGAAGAAGUGAACUGGGUGCAGUGCGAUGGAUGUGAGCUCUGGUUCCACUUGUUGUGUGUGGGGCUUGGCAAGGAGCAGGUCACAGAAGAAGAAGACUAUGUUUGCCAUACCUGCAGCCACACCUCUGGCAAGUCUCCAGAUACCUCUGACAUCAAGCAAGAGCCUGAUGGUGAUGCUGACAUGCCUGUUGUCACAGCUGCUACCUCCUUCCUGGAUGCAAGCAGCAUCAGCAGUGAUCUGGAGGCGCUGAGCAAGGCUGCCAAAGCCAGCUCGGAUGGUGAGAAACAUGAGGGUGGUGUGCAGACAAGCCCUCCUUCUGAGCCCGUCUCUGAUCAAGUUCAGCAGAGAAAGGAGAAUGCAGAGGAGGAAGACGAGGCUGGCAAUAGUGAAGAAGUUGUCUUGGUGGAAGAGGACGACGAGGAGAUGGAGGAAGCUGUGAACAUGGGAUCUCAAGGUGAAGUGGAGGAAGCAGAACUGGUGGAAGGUGUGAAACAAGCCGAAGAGAGUGCUGUGGUGGUGGUGGUCCAAUCAGAUGGCAGUGACUCAGCUCUCAUUAAAACCUCGAAGCCUUGUGUUCAGCAGGAUGUUAGUCUCGAGUCUCCUUCCCAACCCAGUGGCACUGUUGUCAGUGAUGAAGGCUGCAGCUCAGGCCAGGAGCAACAACACUCAGCAGAUGUGAUAGAGUCUUGAGAGUGAUACAAGGAAGGGAGAGCGUUGUGUGUGUGAGGUCAUUAGCAGUACCCCUUCCUUUCACUAUCUACUGUCAGCACCACUCUCAUCUUUUUCCCACUACAUGUUGCUCUUGGUCAUGUCUUCUAGUCAUACCCCACUGCUCAUCACUUCCAGCCUUUUUUCCCUCAUCAUACACCUCAUGCUUUGUUUUCUAGUUUUCGUCAGUGUGGGAGUUUUUGUAAAGCUUAUUACGUUGUAAGUUUAUAGUUUAUCCAUGUUUGUAAGUUUACAUGCUCUGUGGCUGUGUGAGAGUGUGUGUGAUUUCCCCAGGGAUGUAUGAGUUCUCACAGCAAAGUUAGCCAACUGGCAGCGCUUUCUUUGUUGGCACUUUUGUAAGAGUAACAAGAACAAAGAAUCAAAUCAAUGUGUUAAGAAGAGUGAGCCUGGCUGAUCAAGCACACACCACCAAGCGACUGGAAUAUCUGAAGCAUCAGAGCAGAAUGCAUGCUGGAUGUUCUGGUAUUGUGUGAAGCAGUCUGGAAUGUCCCUUCAAGUGAAAUCACUUGAAAGUUAACAUGAUUUUUUUUUUCUAGCAUUUGUUAGCAUUUAAACCAUCUUCCCCUGAACUGAGGUAGCUUGCAGGUAAGUUGUACAUUUUCUUCAAGGUGAACAUCUAACAAAUUGGGGUUCUUCACUGCCAUGGAAUGAUCCCCUGUGUGACAUUACUAGAAAAUUAAGAGAAGAUUGUUGUUGACUCUAUUUGCUAUAGUCUUGUGUUUGGAAGUGUUUACUUGAGAUAAGUUGUCAGAAUCUGGAUUUUGUACAGAUUUUCAUUGGGUUAGGAGAGGACUGUUCCCCAUUACAGUAGCUAAUUAGUGAAUUCUGUUCACUUUGUUUGGGCACAAUACCAAAUGAGCAGGUCUUCCCAAACCCUGUAAUUAUUAUGAAAUGUUGAUUCUUGCCAGGAUGCUUUUUAAACAAAAAUUUUGUUGUUAGUGUUGACAGGAAAAUCUUGCACUUCAGUGUUUUGCAGCCAGGGGUAUGGGCGUGAACAGAUGUAGAGGGGGAAAAAAAGCAUUAAUACUUUGUUAUCCAGUAACAUCUCUCAGGGAGUUAACUUUUUGCUUUUCAGUCUAGAAGUUAAGGUUCUUAUGAGUGCCUGGUCAAGUUCAAUAGUUGAUAGGUGUGUGCAUUCUGAUGAAAGUUCCUUGUUUCAUUCGGAAAGUGUAAUCUUCUAGGGCUGAAAGAAUGAAAAUUAAAGGAGGAUUAUUUUAUUUAAUGUUCUGUCACCUGGUGUUUUAUGAAAUGAAUGCCCUUUCCAUGAAUUGUUGUGAAUGAAAAAUUGCUUUACAGUCUUGAGCUGCUCCCCUGACCCCUUCUACUGGGAACAAUACACAAACUUGCAAGUUAAGGCUAUUUGUUUUAGAUAUUCAGUGAACAUUUAUGUGGUUCUUGUGUUUUUCUGUCCUGAGCUGUUGUGACCAUAUUUAAGAGAAGCCUGGUGGCUAGUGCACAGCUGUGGAAGAGAAGAUCACUCUGUGCUGCAUGCUGAAGCCUGUGCUUAGAAUAUUUACCCUGCCUAUUCAGCAGCUGUCCGGAAAAAAUGAGUGCGAUUUUAUCAGGGGAGAUUAAAUUAGUGGAAGGAGAGGGUUGGGCCUUUUCUUCCACAUUCUGUGCCCUACACACUUAUGUUGAUUAGCCCUUUGGCAACUAGACUGUGGGAUUUAAAAAAUAAAAACACCACCAAAAGUUGGCUGUGUUAGGUGUGCUGUUAAGGGCAGAUUUCCAAAGAUAAAUUCUUGGAUAUUUCUUUCAUGCAGGAUCACACUUGAUCAGGUUCAUGAUUUUUAUGUGAACUGAUGCAAACAAAUGUACAUACUCUGUUGCCUGAAAUAGAUUUCUUUGCUUGUCACAUGGUGUUAAAAAUGGGGGUUUGAAAUCCCAUCUUGUAGCAAAGCAAUGAGAAAAUUGUGAACAUCUAAUAUCCUUAAUACAGUUUCCUUUUAAUCUGUAAUAUUUGGAUGUGUGUUGAUGAUAGUGCUGUAAAAAAUGUCAUUUCCACUGUUUCUGGUUUUAAUUUGGCAGUGUUUGAAAGUGUAUGAAGUCAAACAUGCUAGGCUGCACUGUGGUCAUCAUAUUUGUACUUGUGGCAUCUGUGAAUGCCCACAGUUUUGGCUUGAGUGUAAACUGAAGUAGCAGUUGACUAAACCUCUUAAUCUGGUGGAGAAAAGACAGGUUAAAGGGUCAUGCAGAUCACUUCAGAACACUAACACAGCUGUCAUUGUAAGGAAGGGCUUUGAUCUCCUCAUAGUGCACAGGAGAGAAGAAAGUGCUUUUUAUUUUUAAAUAUUUUUGUCAACGAAGAAUUUAAGCAGCAUCCUUAAAAGGGCCAAAGACUUUGGGAUGGGGAGUGGGGGGGAGUCCAGAUUACUGAAGGCACACUUUCUGCUGUACAAAAGGUUUUAAAUAAAGACUUAUCAAAUGCAGGAUCAAAUUCUGUGGGAAUUUGUUGCAGUAUAUUGGUCGCCUUGUUGAUGUGUUCCUAACUGCAACUGAAUGGAUCAGUUUACUACCCCAUGUUGUCCUGUGCUGUUUUCUUUAUGAUUUUGCACACUAUCAUUUAAAUGUAUUUAUAUUUGUCAGUGUUUGUGUAUGAGUUAUGCAGUGAACAGGCCAGAUACCAAUGUUUUUGAAAAGGAUGAAGGUUACUGUUCACGAAAACAUUUACAAUUUAUUUUUAAAGAUCGGUGUUACAGUAGAGGAUUCUGUGGAAUUUUGGCUGCAGUUCACAGGAAUGCUCUUAAGAGUUUAGCAUCAAAAUAUUGAACACCAAGAGCAAAUGGUUUUAUUUUGAGCUGGCAAUGGCUUUAAGUUUUCUUUUGGAAAAGGAGAUGUAACUGUAAUCAGAAUUAGUUUUUACUGCUGAUCUAUAGAUUAGGACUGCAGGAACACCACAUAUAAUUGGUAGGGAGAAAUUGUAUAUGUAGUUUUAAGAUAUGUAUAUAUUUGCCAAAAUAUCAGAAGCACUAUUUUCUUGUGUACAGCUAAAUAAUGACCAGAGGCUGCAGUGUUCACUCAAGAGCGGGAAAUUAGUGACCCUCAAACAUCUUUUCCUACCAGAUUUAAUGGGCCCACAUAGCAUGUCAGCCAUUCUUUAUCUGGUAAUGCUUGCUAAGUCUGUUUCAGCUAGCAUAAGAAUGCCAUUUGGUUUUUCAUGAUCAUUGGCAGAUGAUAGUGACUGAAUAUUGAUAUUGAUAUUGACCAAAAUUUUUCAUGUCAUUUGUUUCUGAAGAAAUGGGUCUAUUGUCGCUUGAAUUUACCGUCUUGGAUGGCUCAGCUGCUUGGACUAUGACAAAUACUACCGUGUGUGUUAAAUGUAGAUACUCGUUGGGUAUUUACAAACUUAGAUUUCACUGUUGGUUACAGUGUGUGGGGGAGAUUGGUUGUAAAGUUUCAGCUUUAUCACCAGCGUGUGUGUGUGUACAUAUUUAUACAUAUAAGAAUAUCUUAUAGUUUCAUUUGUAAGGAUGCUUGGGAGGCUGCAUUUGGAGUGAUCUCCCCAACCCCACGAUUUAAUUUAGUAGUUUAUAUUUCAUUUUUUUCUGGUGUUUGAUAAAAAGGGUUUUGACACUUGAAAGCUAUCAUGUAUUGUUCAGCAUGGCAAAAGGAAAAAAAGUGCUGUUUGCAGAUGUAAUAAAAAUAAGCCAGUGACGAAAGACA